UGUUUACUUCCGGAUCGAAAAUGCUUGAUCAACUGGCACAAACAUAUGAUAAUUAUGAUUGUACCUUUUUAAGAGUAUACAAUAAAUAGUGUUUAUACUAUUUGAGGGGAAAGUGGUAUGUAGGAUGACUUGCAGAUGUGCUUGUGGAGUAGGAUGUGUGGUCAGGACUUUCCACUCAGCAUUAGUUCUUGGUGUACCCAUAUCAUUGCUAUUUAUAGAUUCUGCACUGAAGGAAGCAUUGGUAGAAUUUAAAGAUCCAGUUUAUGGUAUUGGCUAUGCUUUACUUCUGACACUGUCUCUAGUUUUAUACUACCUGGCAUGCUUUGUAGAACCUGGCUAUGUACAGAAACAAAAGAAAUCAGUAAAUAACAACAUUGCAUAUGAAGACAGUUCAUCAGAGGAUGAAGAAGCACAGAUGAUGAAUAAAGAUAAAAAAAGCCUUUACAGAUACUGUGAUUUCUGUGAAAUGGAGCAACCUAUGAGGAGUAAGCAUUGUGAAGACUGUAAGAAAUGUAUCAGAAGAUAUGAUCAUCAUUGUCCAUGGUUAGAGACUUGUGUUGGAGAAAGGAAUCAUAAAUACUUCUGGUUAUUUCUAGCAGUUACAUGUAUACUUAUCUUUUGGACAUUUCUGAUUACAUGGUCAUCAUUUAAGUUCCAGUUAACAUGGAAAGAAUGGUUUAAAUCUAAUAUAGUAUUGUUGUUAGACAUGUUAGUGCUUGUGUUAGGAGGAAUGAGUGUGAUUGGUUUAUUCUGUUUCCAUAGUUACUUAAUGAUAAAAGGAUUGACUACAUGGGAAAUGGUAUCAAGGGAGAGAAUUACAUACCUCAAAUAUUUAGACUAUGAUUUUAAUCCUUUUGAUGAAGGAUGCAUAAAGAAUAUAUAUUACUUUCUGACAAGUAUCAAAGUGAAAAGAUGGGAAGUGACAUAUGAAAAAAAAGCAAACAUAGGAAAAAGAAAGAAAAAUAUUGUGUAAAACAUUAAUAGCAGUCUGAGAGUUGUAUUUCUUCAAAUAUAAUGAUUAAAAAAACAUUUAAAACAAGGUUUUAUCUUUAAAAGAUAAUAAUUUUGUUGAAAAGAGGCAAGUAUAUUAUGUUUUGAAGCAAAAUUUUAUGCAUUUGAUCUCGUUAGGCUGUAAUUUUACUAGUUUGAUUGUUAGAUUUCUUAAUAUAUACAAAAAAUCUUGUAUAGGUUCUAAAUAGUUCUCUGAUCAUCUUCUAUCUGUAGAACUGCUCCUGUUAGUUUUGCUCCUAAUGGUAAACUGUAUUUAGGAGAAAAGAGGGAGAAGAUACUGAAGGGUUAUCAAUUUAUUAGGUAUUACAUUGUAUUCAUUCAAUUCACUGUUUAUUGGUUUUGAAUUGUAAUUGAUUAGGUUUUACUUCCAAUAAAUGUGUAAAUGUUCAA